GACAAACUUUUUAAAUGCAAUUCUUCCAUGACGUGGAAAUGUCUCGACCUCAACACAAAAAUCAGAUCUCUUGCGCACACAGUGGGCUUUACUGUGCAUGUGGGGCUCUUUCCCCGGGUGGGAUUCAAACAAGAACCGCCACUGACCAUAGGAGGGGUUAACAGAGGUAGGGACCUCCACGCCCACCCCGCCUCUCGGUCCCACCUUUCCACGGGUCUCUCGCUCCUCUCUGCUCUUCCUCUCAGUCUGACGGACUCCGGCGCGACUCACGGCUGAAUCCCCGGAGUGAAGAUGCGGGCGGUCGGAGCCGCGGGUGUCGCUGAGCUGUGGGCCGUGCUGGCCGCCCUGGUGGCCGGCGCCGCGUCCGAACUGGCGACGCUGGUGCAGGAGCAGGUGGAGCCCGAGUCGCCCGUGCUGCCGCCGAAGGUUAUGAUCGCGAUCCUGGCCCGGAACGCGGCGCACAGCCUGCCGCACUACCUGGGCUGCAUCGAGCGGCUGGAGUACCCGAAGGAGCGCAUAGCGAUCUGGGCAGCGACAGACCAUAAUGUAGACAACACCACUGCCAUGUUGAGAGAAUGGCUGAAGAGAGCGCAGCGCGUUUAUCACUAUGUGGAGUGGAGGCCGAUGGAGGAGCCCAGCUCCUACACAGAUGAGUGGGGUCCAAAGCACUGGCCCCCUUCCAGAUUCAACCAUCUAAUGAAGCUGAGGCAGGCAGCCCUGAAGGCUGCGCGGGAGCGAUGGGCCGACUACAUCCUGUUUGCCGACAGCGACAACCUGUUGACCAACCCCCGAGUGCUGGACCUGCUGAUGGCCGAGAACCUGACGCUGGUCGCUCCCAUGAUGGAGUCUCGCUCUCUCUACUCCAACUUCUGGUGCGGCGUCACCCCACAGGGUUACUACAAGCGAACCCCCGACUACCAGCCAAUCAGGGAGUGGAAGAGGCUCGGCUGUUUCCCUGUUCCUAUGGUGCACAGCACCUUCCUUCUGGAUCUUCGCCGCGAAUCCAGCCAAAAUCUGGCGUUCUACCCCCCUCAUCCGGACUACAGCGGGGCCUUUGAUGACAUCAUGGUGUUUGCCUUCUCGGCACGUCAAGCAGGCGUGCAGAUGUACGUGUGCAAUAGGGAACACUACGGCUUCCUGCCCGUCCCGCUCAAAGCUCAACAAAAUGUGGACGACGAAACUGAGAGUUUCAUACACACCAUCUCAGAAGCUCUGAUUGAACACGACAUGGAGCCGUCUCAGUACAUCUACACUCCGCCGUUACCCCCAGAUCCAAUGGACUUCAAUGAUAUUUUCCUGAUUAACUUGAAACGCCGUCUGGACAGAAGAACCAGGAUGUUGAAAACAAUGGGCGCCAUGGGCAUUCGCCCCACUCUGAUUGAUGCAGUGGACGGGAAAGCUCUAAAUACAUCCCAGCUGCAGGCACUGGGAAUUGAGAUGUUGCCAGGCUAUAAGGAUCCAUAUUCUGGUCGCGUCCUCACCAGAGGGGAGAUUGGCUGCUUCCUGAGUCACCACUCUAUAUGGAAACAGGUGGUUGAUCGUGGCCUGCAGAAGGUUCUGGUUCUGGAGGACGAUGUGAGGUUUGAACCCAGGUUUAAACGAAGGCUUCAGGCCAUCAUGGAGGACAUAGACAGAACCCAGCUGGACUGGGACCUCAUCUACGUGGGAAGAAAGCGAAUGCAGGUGCAGCAGCCGGAGCUUUCAGUGGAAGGUGUGGACAACCUGGUGGAAGCCGACUAUUCCUACUGGACCCUGGCCUACGCUCUUUCACAACAAGGGGCCCGAAAGUUGUUGGGGGUACAACCUUUCACCAAGAUGCUCCCUGUCGACGAAUUUCUUCCCAUCAUGUUCAACAAACACCCCAAUGUUCAGUACAUGUCCCAUUUCGAGCCACGGGACCUGAAGGCCUUCUCCGUGGAGCCGCUGCUGCUCUAUCCCACCCACUACACCGGCGAGCCGGGCUACAUCAGCGACACUGAGACCUCCACCAUCUGGGACGACGAGGAUGUCGCCACAGACUGGGACCGGCAGCACGCCCGCAAGACGGCCCAGCAGGGCCGCAUCCGACCCGUGGCGCAGAACAGCGUCACCGGAGACUCGCCGCCUCCUGCUGCCCGAGCAUCGCGCGACGAACUCUGAUGAAUUCGGGCGAGAGACUCGGUGAACGCCCCGCAUACACGCACUCCAAAGGGAAACUGGUGCUGACAUACUGUACAGGCGUUCAAUUAAAAACAGGUGGAUUGCAGCAGAAAUCAGACGAGCCUCGUUUCUGCCACCUGGGGAAGGGACAAGGCUCUCAGAUUCUGGGACGAGGGCCAAACACGACUUUUACAAAGAACUUUAUUUAUUCUCCAUGUGUCUCCUCGGUGCGUGUGGAUCCAGUUCUGGCCUGAAAGACUUUACACACGCGAGUCGGCUAGCAACAUUUACAUGAUGUGAAAAGAAAGCAACGAAAUCUUUUGUGAAUUCAUUUUUGUGUUUCAAAAAGGAUUAUUUUUAUUUAAGCAGAACAAAUGUGCGUCUAAGAGACUGCGGCGGUAUAAAAGAAACCUACAGCUGGCCGAAAACAUUUCUUUUUUAUUUUUUUCUCACAAAGCUGUGCAUCAACAUCUCUACUGUAUUUAUACUUAGUUUUGCUCGCUGGUUCCUAUUUGUAAUUCUUACAUACUGAGCAUGUGUAGGAGGAUGGAGGCUGACGUUUUGUACCCCAGAGUAAUUUUUCAGAUGAUGUCAUGCAAACAGAAAAAAAAUUAAAUAAAAUAAAAGUAUGCAGCGGUUUCUUGCCAAGCAGCAGGGCAGCAACAGAUGCUUUUCAUGGUCUAAAGUUUUUGUUGCAGGAGGAAGAGGAUCUUUCAUAGCAGGCUGGCCCUGCUUGUUAAUAUUUCAGGACAUUGUUUUGUUACCCUAGAAACAAACAAAGUUUUAAUCAAUUCUGUCGAUCUUAAAACAUACGAGAUUUUGGAUUCUUCUCCUGAACACAGGCUCUUCUUUGUUGGGUUGCGCUGCAGAGUUGGGAGCAAUAAAACUUCUUCACUUCUUUAUCUGCCUCUGCAGACUAAACAGGCAGAUGUUAUCUGUCUUUUUGCACCCUUUCGUGUUGUUGUUGUUGUGCAGACAUGGUGGAGUGAUUGAAGACGGUAAAAAAGAAAAAGAAAAAAAAUCCUCCGUCAGCCAGAUUAAAACUCUUGAGACAAAUCACUUUUUCUUCUCUGCUGGGCUAACAUAGUCAUUAACUCUGUGUAUAUUAUUGUUUAAAGAGUUUAGAACAACCAUAACUUUCGUCUAAAUGUUCCCAUGACCUCCUGGGAAUCUCCUAUAAUGAAGAUAAUGGGAUUACACAGAUGGGGGUAAAACACAAUAAAAGCUUAGGGCCUCCCUGUUAAUUUAAGGGUUUGAGCAUGGAUCGUGUAAGGAACAAUCUGUCUUUGUGGUGUGCUGCCUCCUGGUGUUAGACCAGUUCUGUGAAAUAUGUCACGGCUUUAUGCUUCCUGUCCGCUGUGGGAUUCGACUGGAGAUGGUGUGAGAUGGAAGGAGAGCACAGACCCACAACUGAGGGGAUUAUGGGCUACAUUUGCAGCUUCCUGCAAGAGUUCUCACACUCGUUUGGCGUUUUGCUCAUUCUGUACUGCUACACCAAAGACUUAUUGGGAUUUUAUACCAAGAAACAAGAUUCGUGACUUUUAUUUUUAAUUGGUCACAAAUAAAAAUCUGAGAAGCAUUCGAGUUACUCCGACAUCCAAACAUGGAUACGGUUUAACUGGUUGCUUUCACAAGUCACUUAAUUAGCAAAUGUGCAGAAUUGUGAACAUGUCAGCGUGGGUACAACUGCGCUGGUCUAAAAUGUUCUCUAUAAAACGACAUUUUAUAGAGAACAUUGUUGAACACCCAGCUGAAGAUCAAGGAACACAUCAGAGUUUUGGAAGCAAAAAAGUUGUGCAGACGUUUCAGUGAGUCGGUUUGCCACCAGCUAUGUGUGACAGCCGGAUCUAAUUACACUUAAAACACAAUCUGUGUCAAAAACUAACGCCACUCACCACCCUGAACAUACUGGCCCCACUGUGGAGCAUAGUUGUGGCAGCGUUAUGCUGUGGGGAUUUCUUUCUUUCUUUUCCAGCUGGAUAGUGAAGCCAUUUACACAAUAAACAUGUUCAAAUUGUUUUUGUCAGUGACUCAGGGAGGCUGAGGUUAAAAAUUUCAGAUUAAUAUUUAGGUUAAAAUGUCAAUUUUAAGAUUCUUUCUGUUUUCAAGCUUUGAAAAAAAAAAAGAGCUCUAUUAUUUUAAAAUGCAAAAAAAAAAGGGUUAGGGUGUGAAUAUUUUUGUAAUAUUCUGUAUACUUUGUACAGAACAAGGGAGAAAAGUGAAUGCCUAAUUUGAUUUAUUGAUUGCUUUGGUACAAGAGGUUAAAAAAAACAAAAAACAUUUGGUUAUGUUUAGACAAAUAAUCUGUUUUGAAAAUGCUGAGUGAAAAUCUAUUAACUAUCCUUCUAUUUGUCCUGCUAUGUUGUCAUAAAGUUAAUUUUUGUUGCUGUUAAGAACUACUUGUAAGUUUCUUCCUUUCAACGCUGGAUUUAAGUUAACUUUUUUGUGCUAUGCUGCCAUCUGCUGGCCAAAGAUGAAUUUUCCUCUGCUACUUCAGUUAAACAUUAAAUGAAGCAGUACAAGGGAUACUCAACUUGUAGAUUUUUAACAGCAUCAAUAACUCUAAGGCCAUAUGGUCAUAAAUAGGAAAGAUGACCAGAGUUUCCAGAAUAUAUAGGAGUAAUAAGACUGUAAAUAUUCAGCAUACCUGAGUUUUACAUCUGUAUCUAAUGUAUUGUUGAUGAUCAACUUAUGUUUUGUACUUCACCAGUAAAAACUCUGUUUAAUUUGACAAAAAAAAAGUCAUUUGAGCCAUAGUUUGUGUAUUUAAUAUAAUAGCUGGUAAUACAAACACUAACCCUUAAAUUAAAUAAAUGUAUGAUUUAUUCAUA